AUGUUGCACCUCGUUGGUCUAGGUCUCGCCGAUGAGACCGAUAUCACUGUCCGCGGGCUGGAGAUCGUGAAGCGGGCCGAGCGAGUCUAUCUGGAGGCAUACACGAGUAUCCUGCUUGUUGACAAGUCCAAGCUAGAAGCCUUCUACGGCCGUCCUGUCAUUGAAGCCGACAGAGAACUCGUGGAAACCGGCAGCGACGACAUCCUCGCCGGCGCCGACAAAGCAGACAUCGUGUUCCUGGUGGUCGGCGAUCCAUUCGGCGCAACAACGCACACAGAUCUCGUCCUCCGCGCUCGCGAACUAAACAUCGAAACAAAAGUCGUCCCCAACGCCUCAAUCAUGUCCGGAAUCGGCUGCACAGGCCUCCAACUGUACAACUUCGGCCAAACAGUAAGCAUGGUAUUCUUCACAGAGAACUGGAAACCAAGUUCAUACUACGACCGCGUCCGCGAGAACGUGCAGAUGGGCCUACACACGCUCGUGCUACUAGACAUCAAAGUGAAAGAGCAAUCCCUUGAGAAUAUGGCUCGCGGACGACGGAUCUUCGAGCCGCCACGCUAUAUGACUGUUGCGCAGUGUGCAGCACAAAUGCUUGAGACGGAGGAGGAGAGGAAGGAGGGUGUUUAUGGGCCUGAUAGUCUUGCUGUUGGGGCUGCGCGGGUUGGUGCUGCUAAUCAGCAGCUUGUUUCGGGUACGCUGAAGGAGUUGGCAGGUGUUGAGAUGGGGGCGCCGUUGCAUAGUCUCGUUCUUCUGGGACGGAGGACGCAUGAUCUUGAGAGGGAUUAUAUUCGGGAGUAUGCGGUUGAUAAGGAGACUUUUGAUACUAGUUAUAUUAAGGGGUAUGGGGCUAGUUUGUGA